AUGCGAAAAAGGACCGUUCAACUCAGCGAUAUCAGCUCUGAUACAAGCCACAUGAUCCACAUACAUUCUAAUCUUUUCCCUCUACACUCGUUUCUCUCCUUAUACUCUCCCCUCAUCUUUCUCUCUAUAUUUACACUCGCCUUUCUCUCGCUACACUCUUCCCACUCACUCUAUCUCGACACAUAUACUCCCGUUUCUCGCUACACUCUUCCCACUCACUCUAUCUCGACACAUAUCCUCCAACUCUCGCUACCUCUUCCCUCCAACUAUCUCGACACAUUUACUCCCGUUUCUCCUACACUCUUCCCCAACUAUCUCGACACAUAUACUCCAACUCUCCUUCACUCUUCCCACCAACUAUCUCGACACAUAUACUCCCGUUUCUCGCUACACUCUUCCUCCAACUCUCGACACAUAUCUCCAACUUCUCGCUACCUCUUCCCACUCCUAUCUCGACACAUAUACUCCCGUUUCUCUUCCUCUUCCCAACUCACUCUAUCUCGACACAUAUCCUCCAACUUCUCGCUACACUCUUCCCUCAACUCUAUCUCACUCUAUACUCCAACUUCUCUCUACACUCUUCCCACUCCUCUAUCUCGACACUCUUCUUCCAACUCUCUCUCUUCCCUCUACACUCUUCUCCAACUCUCUGUCCCUCCUUUCUCCUUGUUUUUCACUCUAUCUCGCAUCUUUCUUUCAAUUUUGACGCUCCUCUUCCCUUCUAUCUCACUAACUUUCCCGUUUUUCGCUUACUCAUCCUUCACAGUUACUUUCUUUUCUUUGUCUCCAUACUUGAUUGUUUCUCGUUACAACCUUCCCAUCAAUAGUUCUCGACACAUAUCUCCCGUUUCUCGUACACUCUUCCCAAAAUCAUCUAUCUCAACGUGGAAAUUUAAAUUAGAGCUAAAAAGAAGCGCCCUCCUCUAUCUCGACACACACAAAAUAAAUCUAAAUAAAUCCCUAAAAAUCCCGUUUCACCCCGUUUCCAGUGGCUAA